GGGAAGAGGCGAGCGCGGCGGCAGGAAGGGAGGAGAGAGCGGCCGAGGAGGGCGGGGAGAAGUUUAUUCCCGGAGACACCUCUCCGGGGCGCGGCGGGGGUGCAGCUCCGCGCCGGCCGCCGCUGGGGCUGCGGCGUCGGGACAUGCGCCUCCGCGGCGCGGCGCGGCGUUAGUCACGGCGGGGGGCUGGGGACGUCGCCACCCCGCGGAGCGCCGCGGCGGCAGUAGCUGGUGCCUCUGGCGUGCGGACCGCGCUGCCCGCCCCGCUCCCUUCCCCGCCCGCGGGCGCGCGAGGCGGCGCUGACAAUGGCGGGGCGCAGCUGCCGCGCCCCCGCCCUCGCCUAGCGGCAGCGGGCGCCCCGCGGCCGCCGGCAGCUCCCCCGCCGCCCCGCCCUGCGGCGGCUCCGCGCCGCGGACCGCGCUGCUGCUGCUGCUGCUGCUGCUGCUGCUGGCGGCGGUGCCGGGAGGCGAUGGUGCCCGCGCCGGGGUUAGCCUGAUCGCCACCUCGCCGUUGCCUCACCGCCGCUGGUGCCGGCGGCGCUCCCCCGGGGCCAGCCGCGCUCCGCCGCCCCGGCCGCCUCCCUGCCUGCCUCCCUCCGUCGCUCGCCCGGGCUCGUGGCGACCUGACACAACUUGAGAGCCUUCCCAGAAAGAUAACACAGAGAGGCAGCGGAGAGGCGGAAGAAGCAAGUGGAUAAUGUCAACCCCGAGCAGAUUCAAGAAGGACAAAGAGAUAAUAGCCGAGUAUGAAAGUCAAGUGAAAGAGAUCCGAGCUCAACUCAUCGAGCAGCAGAAAUGCCUGGAGCAGCAGACUGAAAUGAGAGUGCAACUUCUUCAGGAUCUGCAGGAUUUCUUCCGCAAGAAGUCAGAAAUAGAAAUGGAGUAUUCCCGUAACCUGGAAAAACUGGCAGAGAGGUUCAUGGCAAAAACAAGAAGUACAAAGGACCAUCAACAGUACAAGAAAGAUCAGAAUCUCUUAUCGCCGGUGAAUUGCUGGUACUUACUGCUGAACCAAGUGAGAAGGGAAAGCAAAGACCAUGCAACGUUGAGUGAUAUCUACCUGAACAACGUGAUCAUGCGCUUCAUGCAGAUAAGCGAGGACUCCACCAGGAUGUUCAAGAAGAGCAAAGAGAUUGCAUUUCAGCUUCAUGAGGACUUAAUGAAAGUUCUUAACGAGCUUUACACAGUCAUGAAAACUUACCACAUGUAUCAUGCAGAGAGCAUCAGUGCAGAAAGCAAGCUGAAGGAGGCAGAGAAGCAAGAAGAAAAACAGAUUGGGAGGUCAGGAGACCCUGUCUUUCAUAUUCGACUAGAAGAAAGACACCAGAGACGGAGCUCUGUAAAGAAGAUUGAAAAAAUGAAGGAAAAACGUCAAGCAAAAUAUUCUGAAAACAAGCUGAAAUCUAUUAAAGCCCGUAAUGAAUACCUGCUCACCCUUGAAGCAACCAAUGCUUCUGUUUUCAAGUAUUAUAUUCAUGACCUUUCAGAUUUAAUUGACUGUUGUGAUCUUGGAUACCACGCGAGUCUGAACAGAGCCCUAAGAACAUAUCUUUCUGCAGAGUAUAACCUUGAAACCUCCAGGCAUGAGGGCCUAGACAUCAUUGAAAAUGCAGUGGACAGCUUGGAGCCACGAAGUGACAAGCAGAGAUUCAUGGAAAUGUACCCCACUGCUUUUUGUCCACCAAUGAAAUUUGAGUUCCAGUCUCAUAUGGGUGAUGAGGUUUGUCAGGUCACUGCCCAGCAACCUGUGCAAGCAGAGCUUAUGCUUAGGUACCAGCAGCUGCAGUCACGAUUGGCCACGCUCAAAAUCGAAAAUGAGGAGGUUAAAAAAACAACAGAGGCUACCUUGCAAACAAUACAAGACAUGGUCACCAUUGAAGACUAUGAUGUGUCAGAAUGUUUCCAGCACAGUCGCUCGACCGAGUCUGUGAAGUCAACAGUCUCAGAGACAUACCUGAGUAAGCCCAGCAUUGCAAAAAGAAGAGCUAACCAGCAGGAAACUGAGCAAUUCUAUUUCAUGAAAUUCAGAGAAUAUCUGGAAGGCAGUAAUCUCAUCACAAAGCUUCAAGCAAAGCAUGACUUGCUGCAGAGGACGCUCGGAGAAGGUCAUAGAGCUGAAUACAUGACAACAAGGCCUCCAAAUCUUCCCCCUAAACCCCAGAAACACAGGAAGCCCAGACCCCGAUCACAGUAUAGUGCUAAGUUGUUUAAUGGUGAUUUGGAAACAUUCAUUAAGGAUUCAGGACAAGUCAUUCCUCUCAUUGUGGAAAGCUGUAUCAGAUUUAUCAAUUUAUACGGUCUUCAGCAUCAAGGAAUUUUUAGAGUGUCUGGUUCCCAGGUGGAAGUCAAUGAUAUUAAAAAUUCAUUCGAGAGAGGUGAAAAUCCUUUGGCAGAUGACCAAAGUAACCAUGACAUUAACUCAGUUGCUGGAGUACUGAAGCUCUAUUUCCGAGGGCUGGAAAAUCCUGUCUUUCCUAAGGAAAGAUUUAAUGAUCUUAUUUCUUGUAUCAGAAUAGACAAUCUCUGUGAGAGGGCUCUUCACAUCCGCAAACUCCUCCUUACUUUGCCCAGGUCGGUCCUUAUAGUGAUGAGAUACCUCUUUGCCUUCCUCAACCACCUUUCACAGUACAGUGACGAAAACAUGAUGGAUCCGUACAACCUGGCCAUUUGUUUUGGGCCAACACUGAUGCCUGUUCCAGACAUACAAGACCAGGUGUCUUGUCAGGCACACGUAAAUGAAAUAAUCAAAACAAUCAUCAUCCAUCAUGAAGCUAUUUUUCCAGAUGCUAAAGAACUUGAUGGCCCAGUGUAUGAAAAAUGUAUGGCUGGAGAUGACUACUGUGACAGCCCCUACAGCGAACACGGUACCUUAGAGGAAGUGGACCAGGAUGCUAGUACAGAGCCCCAUACCAGUGAAGAUGAGUGCGAGCCUAUAGAAGCUAUAGCCAAGUUUGACUACGUUGGAAGAUCUGCACGAGAACUGUCUUUCAAAAAAGGAGCUUCCCUUCUUUUAUAUCAUCGAGCAUCCGAAGACUGGUGGGAAGGAAGGCACAACGGGAUUGAUGGCCUUGUUCCUCACCAGUACAUAGUGGUGCAGGAUAUGGAUGACACUUUCUCAGAUACACUGAGCCAGAAAGCAGAUAGUGAGGCCAGCAGUGGGCCAAUAACUGAGGACAAGUCAUCAUCAAAGGACAUGAACUCUCCCACUGACCGUCACUCUGAUGUGUAUUUAGGAAGGCAAAGAAAGAGAUCAGAACCUCCCCCUCCUCUGAGACGCCCCGGCAGAAGCAGUGAUGGCCAUUGCCCGGUGCACCCACCGCACGCUCUCUCCAAUUCGUCUGUGGAGUUGGGUUCCCCCAACCUGGCAACUCACUGCAGUCCCCGAGCCCUCCUGCAAAAUCGCAACCUCAAUGCAGACAGCCCUGAAAGGAGGCGUAGACCCGGGCACGGCAGUCUCACCAACAUCAGUAGGCACGAUUCUCUGAAGAAGAUUGAUUCCCCUCCAAUUAGAAGGUCUACAUCAUCUGGUCAAUACACAGGUUUCAAUGACCACAAACCACUGGACCCAGAGUCAAUAGCUCAGGACAUCGAGGAGACGAUGAACACGGCACUGAACGAGCUCCGGGAGCUGGAGCGGCAGAGCUCGGCAAAGCACGCCCCCGACGUGGUGUUGGACACCCUGGAGCAAAUGAAAAACACCCCCACCCCCGCCACCUCCACAGAGUCACUGAGCCCCCUCCAUAGCGUAGUUUUAAGGAGCUCCGAGCCUCAGAUUCGCCGUAGCACGAGUUCUUCCAGUGACACCAUGAGUACUUUCAAGCCCAUGGUGGCCCCUAGAAUGGGAGUGCAGCUGAAACCUCCUGCUCUUAGGCCAAAACCUAUUGUUCUUCCAAAAACUAAUCCUAGCAUAGGACCUUCCCCUCCUUCCCAGGGUCCAGCAGACAAAUCUUGCACAAUGUAAAAAGCUCAGCCACCCACAGCACGCGGCUGGGCUAUGCUAGGGAGAGGAAUGGAUUAACGAUAGAAGUCAGGGUUCCAUAACAUCAUUUGUUCAUGUUUAUAACUGGAGAGGCUUUGUUUUUCAGUGUUUUUGAAUGUAUUGUCUGAAACUAGCUACAUUAACAUGGGCAUUUGUAUUUUGUAUGGUUUCAAUUAAAAAAAAACUGGACAAUUGUGCAUCAUUUUAAAAUACAAACAUAGACUUACUUGAAAACUUGAUGCUGCACCAUUUGUAAUAAAAAACAACACGGAUCACAAAUAGCUUGCCACGUUGUACCAUAUUUUACAGUCUUACUGUAGGUACAUAAUAAGGGAUCCUGCACAAAACUAAGGGGUGGGGGGAAUGUGAGGGACGUGGAACCUCUGAUUUCUAGGUCACCAAACCAAAUCUCAAGCAGGUUAGUAAGAACUGAAAUCUAGCAUGUGAGGAUUAAGUGGUCUGUGUGGAAUGUCUAAGUCAUCCCAGGCCACAUUUUCUUAUUUAAAACGCACCAAAAAAAAAAACCCUCACACACUCACAGUUGGCACCAUGUUUUAGCAUUCUUGUUGGCAAUCCUACUAGAGACAAGUGCUGAAUAGAUACGGAGAUCACAUUACUCUCACCAAUAAAAAGCAUCAUUCCAAGUCAUAGGUAAAGCAUAUCUCCAGGAUAGUGUAAAGACACUCUUUUUGUUGUCCUCUGUAAUAGUGUACUUUCUUCAUGAAGCUGGAACUUCUUUCCCUGUUAUUAUAUUUUUCACAAAAGUUUAAUCCAUUUAAAGUUCACAGUUGAGUGAGCCAGGCUCUGGGGAGCAUAUGAAUCUGUUGGUCCAUUUGGCAGGGUGGUAGGAGAUUAAAAGGAUCAACUGCACAGUAAUUCAGCAAAGUGUCCCAUUGACUUUAUUGCUCAGUGGCCAAUUAAAAACAUGAUUUGAGCUGUAAUAGUCAGAGGAGUUUCAAGCUGACCUAGCGCUGCUGCUCGUCUUACACAGUGCAAACAAUGUGCUCAUUUCCUCAGUUAUGCUGACUACAGCAAGAAAGGGGCCUCUCUGAAGAUGGACUACCUCCUGCCAACUGUGCAGGGGUCAGGCGCAGGACAGACCGCUGAUGUUCUACCACCUAGAUUCAAGCUGACUAAAGUUUUCCAUACCGUUUUUUUUCCCCCUUUUUUCUUUUAAUGACAGAAAUCAAUACCUGUCUCAUGUCUGUGUGUGAGUGAAGACUGUCAGCUUUGCUUAGCGCGCUAUUGUUAGACUUUGUUACGUGUGAAGUAAAUGUACAGCUGUUUUGCACAUUACAACACUAAGCCAUACUAUUAUUUCUGUGAAUUGUAUUUGCCAACAUCCAGUCCAUAAAAUAAGUUUCAUUGAAGACGAGGGGGAGGAAAAAUCAGUUGAGGUCUACCUACAGGAGCACAACUGGCUUUAAGAUCUGUCUUUCCUCAAAUUAUUUGUUAUAUUAAGAUCUCAUCAGUGGAAAGCUUUAAGUUCUACCACUCACUGUACAUAGACAAUUGAAUUAGGGAGGGGAAGAGUAGUGACAAAAUUGGAUAAACAUAAUUACGAAGGUGACAGGAGUGAUUUCCUGUUGUUAUUUAGGAGCUGCUUAUUCCUGCUCUGGUUUACGCUCUGUAGAUAGGUAAUGCAAGGCCCCGGUUGAAAAGCAUCCCAUGAACUGCAUCCACGAGCCAAACUGGCAGGGCUGUUCCCACUGUUCCUGGUAUUUGCAACCCCGCAGAGCUGGCUGCAGACGCUCCACGUGCCUCAGUGGGGUUGUCAGCUGCAAAGUCCUACUCCACCACGGUGGCCUGUGCAGGCUCAGUGAGUGAAAAAAACCACUGACUGCGCCCCAGCCCAAGCAGGGUAACUAAGUUCACAUUGCCUCUCCAUCUCUCUUGGCUGGACCGUCCAGUCCUUAACUGUAGAGCAAGGGCCGACGUCCCAGGUACGGACUAACACUCGUCUCCUCUAGGGCUGGCCACUUGUUCAGAAAAUAUUUUCAAGUAGUUCCCAAAUUUACUAGAAUCGGUGGAACAAACUGGAAUUUCAGCUUUCAUUUACAUGCAGUUUUAGUCUAGCAUUUUUAAAAUAACUUACCUGGCAUAAUUGAGAUGGAUACCUGUAUCUUUAAAUUACAUAGGGAAUUUUGUAUGUUUAAAUAACUGUACUGGACUCCGUAAUGCUUAUAUUAGAAAUCGUUUAGCAAAAGAAAAUAUUAGAAACAGUGCAUUUAGUGAAUGCAUCCACGUAGUGCAUUCACACAGUUAAAUGUGUAGUUUGAUGGUUAUUAUAGAUACUUAAGAGUAUAGUAAGUGGAUAUGUAACAGGAAAGACUGAUACAACUACAGGCGUACUAAAGGGUAACUCCUGCACACCUAAUCAAAUCAGUAUUGUCCUUUACUGUCAAGUUUGAUAAACUGCAGUACUGGUAGCUUCCUGCUUGUUGACUGUUACCUAAUUGUGUCAAUGUACAUCUGUAGUAUGUACAUGUGAAAGUGCCUUUAAAUUUUAGAGGAGCUUUAGCCUUGCUCUUGUACUGUUGCAUUUCCAUUGCACCCUUCCCCAUUCUUGUAUGGCUGCAUUCCCAUCGCAUUCCUUCCAUUCGCAAAGAACAAAUAACAACACGGAAAGUUCACAGUUCUGGAAGAGAAAUGUACUGUUAAUCUGUUGUGACAAUGCACUUUUAUGUAUAGUACUGUACAUUUUGGCAUGUACCAUUACAAGCUUCAGUAUACAUUCAGGUUUGUUCCUCAUAGUGUAUCUUUAUAAUAAAGAAGCUAGUUCUGUC